AUGAGGUCGGAUGUUGUUGUAGCCUUAUUGGCUUUAUUUUUGUUUGUUCAAGCUCAACAAGAUGCUCUUAAAAUCACAGCGACACGGAAUAUUGAUAUAUCUUCACAGAUCGUCAAGUCUACAGUAGAACUACAAAUUGUAAAUGAAGGAAAGUCUGCCGUGUCUUCUGUUUUAUAUUCGCUAAGUGAAGCCGAAGCCUCUAAAGCCAGCUGGAUUCAAGCCAAUGUUGAGAAGAGGGAUGGAAAGAAGUUGAAGCUUCAGAAGACUACAGUUUCUGGAGCUCCGAAAGAUCGAGUCGUCUACAAAAUUGAGUUGGCUUCACCAUUGGCUGCCGGUCAAUCCGUUGUUGUGUUUGUCAAGGCUCAGAUUACUCAAGCUUUGAGGCCAUUCCCAGCCAAGAUUAGUCAGUCAGAAAAUCAGUAAGCUUUUGGUUUUAUGUUUAUUAUUUUAGGUAUAAACUGUCAAGAUUAUAUUUUUUAUACACUUUUUUGGGAUAACUUUGGUUUUUUUGCUUUUUCUAUGUUUAAAGUUUUUAGCUGAAUGUAUAUAUAUGCAUAUUGUUUUAGAUUUGUUGUCUACACUGGAGAUGCUCAAUUGGGACUUCCUUAUGUUGUUGACAAGGAAACGACAACUAUCAAAUACGGCUCUGGAAAGCUGGUUGAGUUCUCUCAGGUAGAAUCUUCUAAACAAGGCAGUGGAUCUGUCACUUAUGGACCUUACACUAAAUCUCCAGCUUAUGCAUCUGUAAGUAUUUUUAACAUUUUUUGAUGUUUAGGGUCGUAUCAGUUUGAUUUUUAAUAUUACUUAUUGUAGCAAAGUACUUUCUUUAUUGUUUAAGUAAAUGUAUAUACUAUUCAGAAGCCAAUUACUGUGCACUACGAGAACAACUCACCUUUCUUGGUAGUCAAGUCUUUGGAGAGAUGGAUUGAAGUAUCUCAUUGGGGUAAUGUUGCUGUUGAGGAACAUAUUGUUAUCGAACAUCGUGGAGCUCAAUUGGUUGGAGAAUUCUCUCGUUUGGACUACCAGAUGGACAGACGUGGAGCUAGACAACCCGUUGUCAAGUCUUUCAAGGUAACACAACAGUUAAAUUUUCAUUGUGUAAAGUUAAUAUAUUUUUGAUUAAUACACAAAUUAAUAUUAUAGUUAUUUUACAUAAUGUCUAAAAGUAUACUGUUUUAGACCCACUUGCCAGUCUCUGCUCGUGAUAUCUACUACAGAGAUCAAAUUGGAAAUAUUUCCACUUCUACCGUAUCGAGGAAGGCCAAUCGUGUUGAAGUUGAACUGAAACCAAGAUUCCCAUUGUUCGGAGGAUGGAAGACCGACUACGUGCUUGGCUACAAUGUACCUUCAAUGACAUUCCUAUACAACAAAGGCAACGACUACGCUUUGAAAGUGCCAUUUGUUGAUCACGUUUAUGAAAAUGUUGUUAUCGAGAAGGCUGAGGUCAAGAUUGUUCUGCCAGAGGCUGUUGCGUAAGUUAUAUCUGUUUAUAAUAUGGAUUUUAUGUUUUAACAUGUAAAAUACGACGAUUUUUUUGGUUUCAUAGUUAUAGUUUCAAAAUUUUUUUUCAGUAAUGUCAAGGUUGUGAAUCCAUUUGACGUGAAGAGAAAGGCUGAUGAAGUACACAAGACUUACCUUGACACGACUGGUCGUACUGUAAUUGUAUUGGAAAAGGAAAAUUUGGUCGAUAGUCACAGCCAAUCUGUUACUGUAAGUUUUUAUGAUGCUAUCACGAAUAUAGUUUUAAAAAACUAAAUUAAUGUGUGGUAUGAUAAGAUGAUUUUUAUUAACUCAACAAUUUUAGGUAUACUACGAGUUUGAACGUUUCUUGUUAUUCAGAGAGCCUCUGAUUGCUGUUGUAUUUUUCACUGUUGUCUUCUUUACCUUAAUCAUCUUUUCAUGGUGUAACUUCUCUAUCAAGGUAAGUAAAAGAGCAUAAAAGUUUAAAAAGGGUGUGAAAAUAUUGGUGAUAUUACUAUAAUGAUAAUACUAAUAAGUUUGACUAAACAAUAAACUUUCAGGAUAAACCAGAAGUCCACUUGAAGAAGGAAUGA